AUGGCGCCCAUGUCAACGCGCAAUUCUACGAUGAACAAUUACACAAAUGGAUUAGAUGUACCAAGGUCUCAGAAUCACCGUGAAGGAAGUUGGCAAAUGAUAGCUCAGGAACCAAGAUUUGAAAGAGAACUUUCUGAAGACCCUUCUUCUUACGAUGGAAUGUCGCGCUAUGGAGAAGAGCAAGAGCAAGAGCGAAUUGAAUAUGAAAAACCAGAUAUGGUAGAAAGUUCUGGAGAAACAGAAGCUGUCUUAUACCCCCUUCAAGAUGCUGCGAAUCGAGUCGGAAAUGAGGUGGAGAAGUUUGCGGAAUUUCUUGAUGGUUACGAUCCUUUAAGGGUGACUGAUGGGGAUGAGAGACGAGAGAUGGCAUUCGAUUUGAUUGAGCUUUAUCAUAGAACUGCUCUCGAUACAUUAGACCGUUUACGAGAUCGCCAUGAGUCCGAACGCCGAAGAAUGGAGGGUUUGAGUUGGAGAAAGAAGAUGAGAGGUUUCAAAAUCACGCAAGAUACUGAUGAAGUGGAUAUGGAAAACUCGGACGAGGAAGAAGAGUUUAUAAUAAAUUCCAGAACAACAGUGAAGGAUCUGAUUAGAUGGGAGCAGGAGGCGCAAACUUGGGACCUUUUGAGAAGAUUGGCACACUUACGAUUUCCCGGACCAGAUAACGGAAAAGAAUUCGAACCUCAACAAACACCUUUAAAUCAGUAUUCGAGUGAACGAGAAGCUUGGGAUCAUUUUCUACAGACAGAUAAUCUUGCGCUGGAACGAAAAACUGUGCUUCGAUGGCUUCAGGAUACGGCCGAGGAAUCGGGGGAAGAAAUCGACGUCUUAGUUCAGGAUUUACAGCAAAACGCGGAGAGGGGAGAUAUCAUCGCGCAUGGUUGGUUACACACCAGGGCAGCUAUCAAGCUUCAGAAAAAUCAACACUCUUGGCCUCGAACUGUCGACCUCAAUUCUAAUGAAACCCAAAAAAUGAUGUGGAAUGCAACCAAAACUGAACCUCUAGUCACCCAGCUGGAUCCUGAUUCCGUAACCCGUCAAGGCCGAAAGCUGGAGGUACAAGACGAAUAUUUCGAGCGCGCCAUUUGGUUGGGGUGUUAUCAAAUGCUCCGUCGAGGCAGAAGCCCAGCCGAAAUCAGAGAAUGGUGUAUGGAUCGAACCGAAGUAUGGAGAGCAGUUAGCAUGUCUGGGCUACCGGAUGAAAAGUCAUUGGAAGAUGAUGAUGAAGGGGACAUUGCAUCUGGUGCUCUUUGGCGUCGCAUGUGUUUUGCACUUGCACGAAAAGGCGGCAAUGAUGAGUACGAGCGAGCAGUAUACGGUAUUCUCUCUGGUGACAUCUCGAGCGUCGAACCUGUUUGUCAAUCAUGGGAUGACUUAAUUUUCACACAUUACAAUGCCUUGUUGAGAACACAAUUCGACAACUACAUUCAGUCGGGACCACAGCUUUUGAUGAAUGGAACUUUGGGCUUUGGAGCACUUGACGCUGUUGUACUUCACGGGGAUAACGCGAUCGCUGGGAAACGACUGGUAGAAAGCUUAAAGACAGAUUCUCGAACUGCAGGUGAAAGCUCACACCCAAUGAAAUUGCUUCAAGGUGUGUUGAUUGGAGAGCAAUUUGCGGACUUCAUCUAUCAACAAGGUCUGGCACUAUCAAAAUUUGCGAACGCCGAGACCACCUCAAACUUAAUACCUCCAACGAAUGAACAACCUAAAGACCAGGACGUCACCAAUUAUGUCAAUUUGGGUGAUCACGACAGUUUGCGAGUUUUCACUCAUGCUAUCCUCAUCUUCAGAGGUCUUGGGCUAGACUUGGGUGGUGUACUUAAGGAGUCAGUCAUUGAAAACGUGAUCGUUGCGUACAUCAGCUUCUUGCGUCUUGCCAAUAAAGGGGAGCUCAUACCACUAUAUUGUUCACAACUCUCCGGAGCAAGAAGAUACGCCACACUUAGUCGUACUUUGAUUGAUAUUACAGAUCAUGAACAACGGGUCACCCAAAUCAGAUUGAUGAGAGAGCUUGGAUUGGAUGUUCAACAAUUUGUGAAUUACCAGUCAAGAUUCCUUCUCUCAGACCAUCCUGAUGGAGCUAAAGAUUAUCCUUCACCUAAGGAGUUUCAAGUAUUAAAAGAUGAUGGCAAAGGAGGCAAGACAAUAAAGAGAGAUUUUAUGGGAUCGGAUUCCGAGACCCUCGAUAGGAUUGACCUUCUACUCAUUAGAAGUUUAGAGUGGUAUCUACUUGUGGAUGGACUUUGGUCUGAGACAUUCAUGGUUGGCAGGAUGCUAUAUCAACGGUUUUAUAAAAAUAUGCAUCUUCACGCCGCCUUCCAUUUAUCCCAAAGAAUUUCAAGUUCUGAAAUCGCAUUGAGUAAAACUCGAGCAUUAUUGGGCGAGAGCCUCGAUUUCACAGGCUUGGAGUCUGAAGACAAUGAAGAUCUGACUGAAGUUCUUGAUGGCUCAGCAGAUAAAAAGCGAUACCUUAAAAAGUAUAUGGUUGAGCAAGCAAAGAGCUUUCGAGAACUCGAAACAUUGGCCUUGACUUUAGAUCGCAUAGAGAGCGCAUGGGGUCUAUACUUUCUCAUGCAAGAGGCCACCGAAAUUUCAAUCAUCAAAGACUUCAAGCGGGCCUUAGCCCAAAGCCUUCCAAUAGCUAAACUUUGUGCAGACCCGUUGCUUAGUGGGUGGUUGACAACAAGUCUACAAGAUCAACCUGAAUUCGCAAGAUUACGAGAAACCUAUCUUCCUGAGACUAUUUUGGCUUGGAUCGCAACAUUACAGAUGGCUGGACCUAUGUUGACACGUGAUUACUUGAUGGUUUCUAUGGAUCUAGCUACUAUUAUUGCUGCCGAGAAUUCCGAUCUAUUGGAACUCUUCUCGAAAACCGGAAGAAUGCCAGAACUUGUAAAUGCUCUCGCCUCAUCAAGUAAAGAACUUCUCAUCAUGUCAAGCAACAGCAAGAGAAGUACAACCUCGAAAAAUAGCAAGAAGAUGAAGGAAAGAGGAUGGACGACGGAAUUGUGGAACGUCAAGCCAUAG